AUGAAAGAGUCCGAUGAUUUUUCAUCAUCUGUAACCUCAUUGUUGUGUAUUUGUCUUUUGUUAAGGCCUGGACGAGUUGCGACCCUAAUCGAAGAUAAUAACGGGAUCACCUGGGGUUGCGCAUUCCGAGUAACCGGAAGCCUGGCACUCGAAUAUCUGAAACAGCGCGAAUGCACCCUGGGAGGCUACGCUACCGAUUACAUCAAAUUCUUUCCACGCGUUGCGAGCGAACAUUCCGGCUUCAGCGGUGAAGCGUUUCUGACACUAGUUUACAUUGCAACACCGAAAAACGAGCUCUGGAUUGGAGAAGAGCCAUUGGUGGAAACGGCCCGCCAGAUCGCCCAGUGCCGGGGACCGAGCGGACAUAACGUCGAAUAUCUGAUCCGGUUGGCGAUAUUCAUGCGAGAGGAAUUGCCGGGGGCAGCGGAUGAACAUCUGUUCGAACUUGAAGAUCUGGUGCGCCGAUUCGUGGCGGAGGCAAACGUGGCGAUCGGAACAUUACUCGGUAGCACACCGCGUCGAAUUCGAAGGGAUUCGCACGAAGAAGUUCGGCGGCAUGUAUCAUUCGAGUAUACUUCACGCGUUCCCGAGAAAAAACUGCGCUGUUUGCACAUUUGAAUCACAUAUUUGACUUAUAAAAUUGUUUUUUACUAUUCUACGAUAUUCUCAGCGAAUGUGAGGCUUGUAUGUAUAUUUACUUCGAUGUAGCUUGUUGUGUAAUAAUCACCUAUACUUUAAUCAGCGAAUUAGCGUUUCUCUAAUACGCAAUGUGUUACUACGUCAGUUCCACAUUAUAAAAUAAUAAUUUAAUAUACAGACUAAAAACAAACCAAAAUUAGCCACUUAAGAUUCAGAACCGGCAGCUUUCUCAUAGAAAAUUAAAAAAGCAUUGUUACUCAAAAA